AGCCUAGGCACGUACACACAGACAGCUCCCCCAUCGGCCAUUGCCAAGCAGAGCCAUCUUCCUCAUCUGAUCUCAUAAAGAGAGGGAAGAAGAGCUCCUCAGCUCGCCCACACACACACAUCAGCAGCUUCCCCAACGCUCGAGCGAGAAAGAAGCCACCGUCUUCUUCCCCUCGCAUCGCAUUGGCAUUGUUGCUGGUAGGGAGGAGGAGAAGCAAGAACGUGACACCCACACACAGCCGGGUCGGGGGAGGGGCGGCAGGGUGACGGUGAGGGAUGCGGGCGGGGGCAUACACCAUCCACCAGUCGCUCACCGCCGAGGCGGCCGCGGUGCUCAAGCUCGCGCUCGCGCUCGCGCGCCGCCGGGGGCAUGCGCAGGUCACGCCGCUGCACGUCGCGUUCGCGCUGCUGACGGGGCCCUCCGCCGCCGCCUGCGCGCAGCCGCUCGCCGCGGCCUUCUCCUCCGCCUCCUCGCCGCCGGCGCCCUACGGGCUGCUCAAGCGAGCCUGCCUGCGCUCGCACCCGGCGCCCGGGGCGGCGGCCGCGCCGGCGCAGCACCCGCUCCAGUGCCGCGCGCUCGAGCUAUGCUUCAAUGUCGCGCUCAACCGCCUGCCCACCUCCGGCCCGCACUCGCCGCCCUCCUCGGCGGCGCACUUCGCGUCCUCGCUGAUUCAGCCCAGCCCCACGCUCUCCAACGCUCUCGUCGCCGCGCUCAAGCGCGCGCAGGCCAACCAGCGCCGCGGCUGCGUCGAGCUCCAGCAGCCGCCGCCGCCGCCAGCAACCGCGCAGCAGCAGCAGCAGCCGCUGCUCGCCAUCAAGGUGGAGCUGGACCAGCUAGUCAUCUCCAUCCUCGACGACCCCAGCGUGAGCCGAGUCAUGCGGGAGGCCGGCUUCUCCAGCGCCACCGUCAAGAGCAACCUCGAGGAGGAGACCACGCUCAUGCCGCCGCCCUCGUCGUCGUCCUCGUCCCCUCCGCCGCCGCUGCCGCCCAUCCCUCCGCACUUCUUCCUGGACCCCACCGGCAUUGCUGCGGCCGGCGGCAAAGGUGGCGGCCGCUUCGCGCUUUGGUCCGCGCAGUUCUUGGCCGCGCCGGGCCCCGACGCGUGCAGCGACGACGUCCGCGCAGUCCUGGAGGUGAUGGUCCGGAAGGAGGGGCGGCGCGGCAACCCCGUGGUGGUCGGCGACUCGGUGUCCAUGGCGGAGGCCGUGGCCAGCGAGCUGCUGCGGCGCCUCGAGCGCGGCGACGUCCCCGCGGAGCUCGCCGGCGCGCACCUCCUCAAGCUGCAGCUCUCGUACGUGCACGUCCGCCUCAUGAGCCGCGCCGACGUGGAGGCCCGUGCCGCGGAGCUCCGGCGCAGCGUGGACGCCGUGCAGCUCCAGCGCGGCGGCGGGCUGGUGGUCUACGUCGGUGACCUGCGGUGGGCGCUCGACGAGGAGCCGAGCGAGCACCACCACGCGACGGCCUCGUCCUACAGCCCCGUGGAGCACAUGGUCGCGGAGCUCGGGCGCCUCCUCGACGACCUCCGCGCCACCGGCGGCCGUGCCUGGCUCGUGGCCACGGCCAGCUACCAGACGUACAUGCGGUGGCAGCAGCGGCGCCGGCGGCCGCUGGAGUCCGCCUGGACGCUGCAGGCCGUGGUGGUCCCCACAGGCAGCGGCACCGGCCUGGCGCUCAACAGCCUCCACUCCUCGUCUGCAUCGCCGGUGCCGCCGGCCACGGCGACAGCGCAGCAGCUAGGGAUGGCCGCCGGGGAGCCGACGGCGUUUCCAGCGGCCAGGGACGAACAGGAUGAGGCGCAGCUGCUGCUCUGCACCGAGUGCAGCAGGAACUACGAGAGGGAGGCGUCGCUCGUGAAGGCGGAGGCUGGCGCCGAGGGCCCGCGUGGCAGCCUCCCCGCCUGGCUGGUGCCGGACAGGCCACCGGCUGAUCAAACACCUCAUCAAAGGAAGUAUCUGAUCGAGCUGAAGAGGAAAUGGAGCCGCCUAUGCAGGAAGCUUCACCUCUGCGCUGCUGAUCCGUGCUCGGCUCCAUGCCCAUGGUGGUCUGGCUCCUGCUUGCUACCGGGCAACCAGAGCAAGCCAAGCGUGGCGGGGUUCCUGGGCUUGGAGGGCCUGAUGGAGCACGGCAAGAGCAGGACGACAAGCCAGUGGUCGCCUUCGCCGCUGCUUCGUUGGGGGCCGAGUCCGCUGAUGGCGCCAGGGUGCCAGGCCGUGGGGACUGCGCUCGCUCUCGGCAGCCACCCGCUGUCAGACUCGGCGACGUCCGACGGCCGCGCCCCGGGAAGCGGCGACGGCUCCGCGGCGGCGCGCGAGCUGGAGCGGAGGCUGCGCAGGAACAUCCCGUGGCAGCCCGGUGCCGUCGUCGCGGAGAUCGCCGAGGCGGCGGUUGCCGGCAGAGGGGGGAGCGAAGGCGGGAAGGGCGCGUGGCUGUACGUGAAGGGGAGCGACCGCGCCGCCGCUCGGCGCGCGGCCACGGUGAUCGCCGAGACGCGCUGCGGCUCCGCGGACCGCGUGGUCUGGGCCGACCCGAGCAGGUUCAGCUGCGCGGAGGAGCUGUGCUCCGACGUCGUCUCCAGGGCGUCCGAGAUCAGCGUCAAGGCGUUCGUGGUGGUCGUGGACGACGUCGAGAACGCGCCGUGCGACGUCGUGGACUGCCUCAUCGCGGCGUCGAAGAGCGGUCGCGUGAAGGAUCAUCGGUCCGGCCAAGAACUCGAUCUCUCCGGCUCCGUCGUGAUCCUGACGACAUCCAAGCUCACCGGCGGCGGCGGCGGCGACGACGUGAUCGGCCUGCGCCUCUGGUCGGAGGACGAGGCGUCGUCCGGCGGCGCUCUCAAGAGGAAGUCAGAGUCCCCGCAGGGCGAACGCAAGCGGGCACGCCACGACGCCCUCGACCUCAACCUCAACCUCAGCGCCGAGGAAGACACCGACGACGAAGAAGACGACGGCAGCGACGGGGCCGUCCCCAGCGACAUCACCCACGAAGGCGACUCCGGCGACUCCAGCGAGCACGCCCACCCCCACGGCCUCCUGGAGUCCAUCGCUGCCCGCGUCGUGACCCUCGACGAAGAAGACGACGUCGCCGCAGCCGCCAUCCGCGCGAGGCUCGCCGGGGCCCUCGCCGGCCAGGGAAGGGCGCGUGUGGACGAGGCGGCGGUGCGGGCGCUCGCGGCGGCGUCCGGGCACUUCCUCGAGGAGGUGCUGGAGAGGUGGGCGGCGGAGGUGCUGGGGCCGGCGGCGGCAACGGUCGGAAAUGGCGGGAAAGGGAAGGCGGUGGUGGUGCUGGGCUUGGGGCCCCGCGGCGGGGCCCGGGAGGCAGCAGGGUUCAUGGGCUCCGUCCUUCCGAGUAGGGUCCACGUGGACUGAGCUGGGCUGGGCUGUCCAAUUUUUUGCUCCCCUUUUGGAGAGGAAAAGGAGAAGGGUGUUGUUUGUAUGUGUAUGUAAAGGGCAGGGUUGUGGAGUAGAAA